GAGAACGGUAACGCCCAUCUUCCCAUGAGAAAAAAAACGCAACACGAGCGGGGCCCUUGCGUCAUCACGCUACGCGCCAAAUGUAAUCGCUGCGGAAGGGGUAACAACAGUGGAGCAUUUGUUUUUGAAGUUUUGUCAUUGCAUUUCGGAUAUUGUGCUAAACUGUCCAUCUUAAGUAUGUCUCAGCAGGCAGGAUAUUCGCCGAGCUUCAAGCUACCGGCUGAAAUUAUGCGAAUAAGGAGGAAACGAGCCCGAAGUAAUACCGGUGACUUCUGUAGCCCAAGCGGCCAGGAUUCCUCUAGCAGUCCCGUACAAAGCGGCUCAUCUUCGGCAUUCGUUCGACCUUUCUCCCCGGGACCACCUUUUAACAGCCCGAAUCGCUCUGUCGGUGGAAUAAAACGCAGAAACCCAUUCGCAAAUACUGAAAAUGCUGACAGCCCUAAAAAGAAACUUAUUACUUAUAACGACGACAAGGAUACCGAAUGUUCCGCAAGUUACCACAUAAACAAAUCAGCAGAGAAGGAGGGGGAUGAGGACAUGUCAACAAAUUCACCUUUUAGUGCAAGUUUGUCCAGGGCAGAAACACUGGAUACUCCUAGCAAGAGUCCCCAGGCCAUCGCUCCUGCCUCCAUAGUUCCUCCUGUUUGCACAGAGUAUCCAGCAGACUGGAGCCUGAAGACUCGCCUCCUCUUCACCUCCCCACUCUCCCUAUCAUGGGCUGAGCAUCCCAAAGCCCAGGAGGAAGCUCUGGGGCUCAGCCAGCACUGCAGAGCUCAGUUUAGCGCCCUGCCUCCCAGUCUACAAGAUCCCAGGUUCUGUUCAGAGCUUCGUUGUGCCUUUCUCCAGAGUCUGGUGUACUGGCAGCAUCCCUCCCUGCCCUGGAUUUCUCUGUUUCCUAGGAUCAAUGCUGAGAGGAGCUUUAGUGGGAAGAUCACCCCCUGGGCACAAGACACAGCACUGCAGCAGAGCCUAAUGAAUGAAUGGUCCAUCAGUCUGUCUUCUCUCUACAGUUUAUUGAAAGCCAGGCUGUGUCCUUACUUCUACCUCUGCUCCUAUCAGUUUACAGUGCUGUUCAGGGCAGUGGGCCUCAGUGGUUCGAGCUGCAUCACAGCCUUGAUUUGUCCUACAACCAGAGGUCUCAGAGAAGCAAUGAAGGUUGAAGGUAUAGAGUUCAGUCUCCCUCUAGUGGAGGAGAGAAGAAAGAGCAAGAACCAGCAGAACCUGAUAGUGCAGCAGGGAGGGGAGGAGAGAGCCGAGGAGUGCUGUGAGCUGAAAGAUGGUGCGGACUGUGAGGCAGGGGAUGAAGAGGAAAAUGACGGCUCCUCUGAUGAUGAAGACAGCAGCUUCUCCUGGCUGAAGGAGAUGGGAGUCCAGGAUAAAGUCAAGAAGCCAAACAGCAUCACCAUGCAAUUUCAUAAGGAGGGUCCCACUAUGUCUCUGGACCACAAACCAGAGUCUGUGGUAUGUGUGGAGGGGUCACACACUUUCACCCUCAUCAACUUCCUCAUUAACUGUAAGAGUGUGGUGGCUGCGGCAGGGUCGCAGGCCGGGCUUCCCCCAACACUGCUGGCUCCCGUUGCUUUCAGAGGAGCUACAAUGCACACACUGAAGGCCCGCAGUGUGAACGUGAAGAGCCAGGUUGGUUCUGCCUACCAGAACAUCAGCAGUCUAGAGAUCACAGGACCUAUCCUCCCAUCGUCUCUCCACGCCAUCACAACCCUCUUGCAGCCAGCACAGAAAGGAGACUUUUCAGCUACUUUGUAUACACACACACCUACCGCCGUCAUGAACAUACACACCGUCAAGCAGCAGUGUAUCGGAGCCUCGGUGGACCUAUCUGCUUGUGGUCUCCAUCCUGCUUCCAUCCAGCAGCUGCAGCAGCCCUCUGGCCUGGGCAAGACUGCUCUGACACACAUCAGCAUGAACAACUACAGCUACACCUGGAAUAAGUGACAGUGCAUGUUCCUGGAAUUCUCAGCUUUCUGACAUCAAGAUGUGAUCUGUGAUGACUGCUUUGUUCUGAAUUUAUUUUUAAUGUAGAUAAAUGCAUCAUUUAGGGAGCUUGUUUAGAAAGGCAUUUUAUCUGCUUGUAACUUUGUUUUUUUGUUUUAUUUUUUGGAUUUAUUCUUUUUGCCAAAGAAUUUUUCCAGUUCAUCAGGUUAAAUUAUUGGUGCACUGCGACAUGUUUUUAGGUGCUAUUCAGGCAUCAAAAGCU